AUGGUAGAAGAUGCUGACACUUGUCAAGAUGAGCAAGAUUCUACUCAGACGGCUUCGGAAUAUGCCGAUAAGAGCUCAACAGUUAAACAGUUACCUGGCUACACAGUUACUCCUGUACCUACAAACUGGAAUAUACCUAAAGAUAGGCAUUCGAGAGUGGUUGAAGUUACAGAUACCUUUAUUGACUCAAAAGUAAAUUCUUCUCAAAACGAUAAUCAACGCUUUGAUGGUCGUGUGACAAUUGAAGAAGUAAUGGAUGCAAUAUUCCAACGUACCAAACCUUCAAAAUCAUCACCAUUUCAUGACAAAAAUUCUACUGAACGAGACUCAUUGGAAAGUGAGCAAGUUCGUAAAUCAGGGAUUUACGUUAGAAGCAGCGAAUUAAUGCAACAACUCAUGCGAGAUCCAAGUAAAGCUGAAGUAUUACUUCAGAAUGAACGUUUGUACAUACGCUGUACAAAUUGUUGUCGCGCAAAAGAAUUAUCAGAAGCUCGAAUACAGUAUAUCUCUUGCAAACAUUGCUAUACCUAUUAUUGUUCUCGAGAGUGUCGAGAAGAUGAUUGGUCAAAACAUCGUGAAAUUUGUUCUUUUUCAAGAAUUAAUACUUUAUGUAAGGAAGUAAUCAUAAAGGUUCGAAAAGAUCCAGAAGCCCAGUCUUGCAUGUCAAAGAUUGCACGUGAAGGCUAUUCAACUCUCGGACGUGGUUCCGUGAAUCUUAGAAUUGAUUCCGCGCAAACUGCUCAAUGCUAUGUCACAGAAGGCUGGCAAACCUUUGCUAAUUACGAAUUAAACAAACUGCUUCAUUACUAUACCAUUGCGGCACUAAUCGCAGAAAAAAAAGAGCCAUCGCUGAUUACAUUAUGUCGCCAAUACAAUCCAAAUGAAAAAUUCAUCUUAAGUGUUAGUAUCAUAGCGGAUAUUGAACAGUGCCCUCAUACGCCACCACCAGAACCCGUAAUCAUAGGGCAUACGCAGACAGUACCAUUAAAUCAUCAACGCUCAAUACCAUCGCUUCCCGUACCUCCACUUGUUCCGGGAGAGCAAUCUCUCAUAUCUACCGAUGAAUUUCGCUCUGCAGUGCCUACUAAAGUAUGA